UCGCCUCCCCUCCUGGCAGUCACCCCGUCUCCCCGAGCCAAGGACGACAGUCGAUCAAUGAGGAAUAGCAAUGUUGACCAGCAUCACCGAGGGGCUGCUGUGUUGCCUGAUGGGCAAGACGCCCAACGCGGUCAGGCCUCUGGAAAGCAUCGAGUCCAGUGAUGGCUACAGCUUCGUGGAAGUGAAACCCGGGCGGGUCCUGCGGGUCAAGCACCUGGCUCCAGUUCGCCCAGCGGGGACCGAGGAAGUGCCCCUGCAAUCCGGAGCGGUGCACUGCAAGCGGCGGAUCACCCUCUACCGCAACGGACAGAUGGUCAUCGAGAACCUGGGCGAUGCCGUGCGCUCGGACAUCCUCCACUGCCAGAGCGGCUCUGAACCCAACAGCACGGUGGAAGUGGAAGUCUCAGACGCAAAUGGCACGGCCCCGCCCACGGCCAACCCCUCAGGCACCACCGUCAAACGCCGCCGGCGCAAGCCAAAGAAGACGGUCAACAUUGACUGCACCAAGUACAUUACCAGCUGCAAAGGGACCCACGGCGACGUGGUCCUCUUUUUCAUCCAUGGCGUGGGAGGCUCUUCGGACAUCUGGAAGGAGCAGCUGGACUUCUUCUCCAAGCUGGGCUACGAGGUCGUGGCCCCAGACCUUGCGGGCCAUGGGUGCAGCUCGGCUCCCCAGAUUGCUGCCGCCUACACAUUCUACGCCCUGGCCGAAGACUUGCGCGGCGUGUUCAAGCGCUACGCCAAGAAGAGAAACAUCCUCAUUGGACACUCGUAUGGGGUCUCCUUCUGCACCUUCCUGGCCCACGAGUACCCCGACCUGGUCCACAAGGUCAUCAUGAUCAACGGCGGGGGGCCGACAGCUCUGGAGCCCAGCCUCUGCUCCAUCUUCAACAUGCCCACCUGUGUCCUCCGCUGCCUCACGCCCUGUCUGGCCUGGAGCUUUCUCAAGGCCGGCUUUGCUCGCCAAGGGGCCAAGGAGAAGCAGCUGCUGAAGGAAGGGCACGCCUUCAACGUCUCGUCCUUCGUCCUGAGAGCCAUGAUGAGCGGCCAGUACUGGCCCGAGGGAGACGAGGUCUACCAUGCCGAGCUCACGGUGCCGGUCCUGCUGGUGCACGGGAUGCACGACAAGUUCGUUCCCAUCGAGGAGGACCAGCGGAUGGCUGAGGUACGGCUUGCAAACGGGGCCGUGUCGCCCACAGAGCACAGCUAA